AUGCCAACGCCAUCAUCAUUCCCAACUCGCAACUUCAAGCGCUUCAAACCCACCGAUCUGUGCAUCGUCAAACCCAUCCUCUCUCCAAAAUCCAGUCUCUCCGAAGCCGUUUCUUCUCUUGACCUUUUGCACCCCAAAGGCAUUCGCUUACCCUCCAACGUUCUCGUCACUCUCUUGCGCCGUUGCUCUGACACCAAGUCUUACCGUGAGGGUAAGCUUGUUCACCUUCAUUUGAAGCUUACUGGUUUCAAACGCCCCACCACUCUUAUUGGUAAUCAUUUGAUUCAUAUGUACUUCUGUUGCGGCGAUUAUGUUCAUGCACGCAAGGUGUUUGAUAAAAUGGAGGUUAGAAAUUUGUAUUCUUGGAAUAAUAUGCUUUCUGGGUAUGUUAAAUUGGGGAUGAUGAAACAAGCUAGGAGUAUGUUUUAUCAAAUGCCUGACAAGGAUUAUGUGUCAUGGAACACUAUGGUGGUUGGUUAUGCACACUGUGGGAGAUUUAGUGAGGCUUUGAGGUUUUAUGGAGAUUUGAGGAGAUUGUGUAUUGGUUAUAAUGAGUUUACGUUUGCCAGUGUAUUGAUUAUUUGUGUGAAAUUGAAAGAAUUUGAACUUUGUAGGCAGAUUCAUGGGCAGGUUUUAGUUGUUGGGUUUUUAUCCAAUGUGGUUGUUUCUAGCUCAAUUGUAGAUGCUUAUGCAAAAUGUGAUAACAUGGUAGAUGCAAAGAGAUUGUUUGAUGAUAUGUCCGUGAGGGAUAUUCCUGCCUGGACGACAUUAGUUUCAGGGUAUGCUUUAUGCGGGGACAUGGAAUCAGCUGCCGAAAUGUUUAGUCAGAUGCCUAAGAAAAAUUCGUAUUCGUGGACUUCUUUGAUUGGCGGUUAUGCAAGAAAUGGUAUGGGUCAUAAAGCUCUUGGAGUGUUUAGAAAGAUGAUCCAGCAAAAAGUUAGACCUGAUGAAUUUACUCUCAGUAACUGCCUGUUUGCCUGUGCUACUAUUGCUUCACUGAUGUUUGGUAAACAAGUACAUGCAUUUUUGGUGCGCAAUAAUGUCACACCUAAUCCUGUUGUUGUAAGUGCUAUUGUUGACAUGUACGCAAAAUGUGGAAGCAUGGAGACCGCCUGGCAAGUCUUUAAUUUCAGCGGAAAUUUGCAAGAUGUAGUGUUGUGGAACACCAUGAUAUCAGCACUAGCUUACUAUGGCUAUGGUAAUGACGCAGUUAUGAUGUUCAAUGAUAUGCUGAAAUCAGGAGUGAAGCCAAAUAGGACCACCUUUGUUGCCAUUCUAAAUGCUUGUAGUCACUCUGGCCUUGUUCAUGAAGGGCUUCAGUUUUUCAAGUCCAUGAAUAUCGAGCAUGGUGUUGUUCCUGACCUAGAACUCUAUGCACACCUAAUUGAUCUUUUUGGUCGAUCUGGAUGUUUUAACGAGUCGAUGAAGGAUCUAUUCAUGAUGGAUUGUAAACCAGGGGACCGUGUUUGGUAUUCUUUGCUUGGUGUAUGCAGUUUGAAUGGAAGUCUACGACUCGGCAGAGAAGUAACUGAAUUCCUUAUUAAAUGGCAGCCUCAAUCUUCUGUCGCUUAUGUAGUACUUUCUAGUAUAUAUGCUGCACUUUUGAAAUGGGGAUUGGUUGAAGAAGUAAGACAUAUUAUGGAUGAGAGACGCUUGAGGAAAGAUCUGUCCAUUAGUUGGGUUGAAAUUGAAAAUGAGGUCCAUGCUUUCACUGGAUCAGAUGGAUUGCACCCUUUGAAGGAAACAUUAUACUCAGCUUUGGGGCACUUAAAUAACCAGAUAGAAGACAAUGCCCUACACCUAACUGAAAGAUAG